UUUCUGAACCAUGUUAAAAUAUUUUUGCCAGAUGGAAUGGCUGCAUUUCGUGCCUUUCUGAAGACAGAAUUCAGUGAAGAAAACCUGGAGUUCUGGCUGGCAUGCGAGGAAUUCAAGAAGAUACGGUCAACUACCAAACUAGCUACCAAGGCCCACCGGAUUUUUGAAGAAUUUAUUGACGUGCAAGCACCACGAGAGGUAAACAUAGACUUCCAGACAAGAGAGGCAACAAGAAGGAAUCUAGAAGAACCAUCACCAUCAUGUUUUGACCAAGCCCAAGGGAAAAUUCACAGCCUUAUGGAAAAAGACUCUUACCCCAGGUUCCUGAGGUCCAAAAUUUAUACAGACCUGUUAUCUCAAACCCAGAGGAGGCUCAGCUAGGGCAGGGAUCAGGAGGAGGAGUGUCCUCCUUAGACACCACAAGCUUCCUGCACUAGCCACAUCCAUUUCUAUGUGUGAUGUUAAAUUCAUUUUCUUACAGCAGCAAUAGAAGGAGAGGAGAAAUGGAAGAAGCAUGGAGAAAUUGAGUUGUGUACAUGGAUAAAACAUUUCACAGUAUAAAUCCAGUGCUGUCUUUGGAUCCUCAUCGUUCUAUGUAUGCAUGUCCGUAUUUUAACUGAAGACCAUGCAUAUGUAUAGCAGUAAAAUCCUUAGUCCAACCCUGAUAGAAGCUUCUAGCAUAUUACACUAUAUCUGGACAAAUCAAUGAAUUGAAGUAAAAGUAGGGUUAAGAACAAUAUUCAAAUUGGACUACUCUCUGAAAUGUUGCUGGAAGGAAAGCAUAUAAGAGAGAAAAAAGUUAUAUUUAACAUCUCCAACCUGUUUGUUUUGAGGUUGCAGCUUCUGGUAUUUCCCAAAGCCCAAACACAUCCAGUGGGGACUGAACAGGGGAGUGCGAUUUUGAAUGAACAUAAAAUGAUCUUGCCAAUUUUUCUGUUCAAAUAAUUCAGGUUCACACAAUUUCAGUUUAUAGACUAGGGAUAGAAAAACUCAUAGCCCUCCAGAUUUUUGAGCAUCCUUUUCAAUUGCAAUUGCUGGAAACAGCAUCUGGGUCAUAU